CUCCGCCGCAAACUUUUUCCUCCCCAUCCUGCGCGGCUCGCGAGGGAUGGAAAAUGGCGGCCUAGGCGCGGACUUUCCUGCCCGACCGGCGGCGGCUCUGGCGGCGGCGCCCCGGCCCGCGCGGCACCAUGACGCGCUGGGUGCCCACCAAGCGCGAGGAGAAAUACGGCGUGGCCUUUUAUAACUAUGACGCCAGGGGAGCAGAUGAACUUUCUUUGCAGAUAGGAGACACUGUGCACAUCUUAGAGACAUACGAAGGAUGGUACAGAGGUUACACCUUACGAAAAAAGUCUAAGAAGGGUAUAUUUCCUGCUUCAUAUAUUCAUCUUAAAGAAGCAAUAGUUGAAGGAAAAGGGCAACAUGAGACUGUCAUCCCCGGUGACCUCCCCCUCAUACAGGAGGUCACCACAACACUCCGAGAGUGGUCCACCAUCUGGAGGCAGCUCUACGUGCAAGAUAACAGGGAGAUGUUCCGAAGUGUGCGGCACAUGAUCUACGACCUUAUCGAGUGGCGGUCGCAAAUCCUUUCUGGAACUCUGCCGCAGGAUGAGCUCAAAGAACUGAAAAAGAAGGUCACAGCCAAAAUUGAUUAUGGAAACAGAAUUCUUGAUUUGGACCUGGUGGUUAGAGAUGAAGAUGGGAACAUUUUGGAUCCAGAGCUCACUAGCACGAUUAGUCUCUUCAGAGCUCAUGAAAUAGCUUCUAAACAAGUGGAGGAAAGGUUGCAAGAAGAAAAGUCUCAAAAACAGAACAUAGAUAUUAACAGACAAGCUAAAUUUGCUGCGACCCCUUCUCUGGCCUUGUUUGUCAACCUAAAAAAUGUGGUUUGUAAAAUAGGAGAAGAUGCUGAAGUCCUCAUGUCUCUUUAUGACCCCGUGGAGUCCAAAUUCAUCAGUGAAAACUACCUGGUUCGCUGGUCAAGUUCAGGAUUACCUAAGGAUAUAGACAGAUUACAUAAUUUGCGAGCUGUUUUUACUGACCUCGGAAGCAAAGACCUGAAAAGGGAGAAAAUCAGUUUUGUCUGUCAGAUUGUUCGAGUGGGUCGCAUGGAGCUGAGGGACAACAACACGAGGAAACUGACGUCCGGCUUGCGGCGACCUUUUGGAGUAGCCGUGAUGGAUGUAACAGACAUAAUAAACGGAAAAGUAGACGAUGAAGACAAACAGCAUUUUAUUCCCUUUCAGCCGGUGGCGGGGGAGAAUGACUUCCUUCAGACUGUUAUAAACAAAGUCAUCGCUGCCAAAGAAGUCAACCACAAGGGGCAAGGUUUGUGGGUAACCCUGAAAUUACUUCCUGGAGAUAUCCAUCAGAUUCGAAAAGAAUUUCCUCACUUGGUGGACAGGACCACGGCCGUGGCUCGCAAAACGGGGUUUCCGGAGAUAAUCAUGCCUGGUGAUGUUCGAAAUGAUAUCUAUGUAACAUUAGUUCAAGGAGAUUUUGAUAAAGGAAGCAAGACAACGGCGAAGAACGUGGAGGUCACCGUGUCUGUUUACGAUGAAGAUGGGAAACGACUGGAGCAUGUGAUUUUCCCGGGUGCUGGUGAUGAAGCGAUUUCAGAAUACAAAUCUGUGAUUUACUACCAAGUAAAACAGCCGCGCUGGUUUGAGACUGUGAAGGUGGCCAUUCCCAUCGAGGAUGUAAACCGCAGUCACCUGCGAUUCACAUUCCGCCACAGGUCGUCGCAGGACUCUAAGGACAAAUCUGAGAAAAUAUUUGCACUGGCAUUUGUUAAGCUGAUGAGAUACGAUGGUACCACCCUGAGAGACGGAGAGCAUGACCUCAUCGUCUACAAGGCUGAAGUGAAGAAGCUGGAAGACGCCGCGACGUACUUGAGUCUUCCCUCCACGAAGGCGGAGUUGGAAGAGAAAGGCCACUCGGCCACGGGCAAGGGCAUGCAGAGCCUCGGGAGCUGCACCAUCAGCAAAGACUCCUUCCAGAUCUCCACCCUGGUGUGCUCCACGAAGCUGACCCAGAACGUGGACCUUCUGGGGCUGUUGAAGUGGCGCUCCAACACCAACUUGCUGCAGCAGAACUUGAGGCAGCUGAUGAAAGUGGAUGGCGGGGAAGUGGUGAAGUUCCUCCAAGAUACCUUGGAUGCCCUCUUCAACAUCAUGAUGGAGAACUCGGAGAGUGAGACUUUUGAUACACUCGUGUUUGAUGCUCUGGUAUUUAUCAUUGGACUAAUUGCUGACAGAAAAUUUCAGCAUUUUAAUCCUGUUUUGGAAACCUACAUUAAGAAGCACUUUAGUGCGACAUUAGCCUACACGAAGUUGACAAAAGUAUUAAGGAACUAUGUGGACAACGCAGAGAAGCCAGGAAUAAAUGACCAGCUGUAUAAAGCCAUGAAGGCUUUGGAGUACAUCUUCAAGUUCAUCGUGCGCUCACGGAUACUGUUCAAUCAACUGUAUGAAAACAAAGGAGAGGCUGACUUUGUGGACUCUCUGCUGCAGCUGUUCAGAUCCAUCAAUGACAUGAUGAGCAGCUUGUCGGACCAGACCGUCAGGGUGAAGGGGGCAGCACUGAAAUACUUGCCAACGAUCGUCAACGAUGUGAAAUUGGUGUUCGAUCCCAAAGAGCUCAGCAAAAUGUUCACUGAUUUUAUUCUCAAUGUUCCCGUGGGUUUGCUGACCAUUCAGAAGCUCUACUGCCUGAUCGAAAUUGUUCACAGUGAUCUCUUCACACAGCAUGACUGCAGAGAGAUCUUGCUUCCCAUGAUGACGGACCAGCUCAAGUACCACCUAGAGAGACAGGAGGACCUGGAGGCCUGCUGCCAGCUGCUCAGCAAUGUCCUGGAGGUGCUGUACAGGAAGGACGUGGGGCCGACUCAGAGGCACGUCCAGAUAAUCAUGGAGAAACUUCUCCGGACGGUGAACCGAACUGUCAUUUCCAUGGGGCGGGAUUCCGAACUCAUCGGAAACUUUGUGGCUUGCAUGACAGCUAUUUUGCGACAAAUGGAAGAUUAUCAUUAUGCCCACUUGAUCAAGACUUUUGGGAAAAUGAGGACUGAUGUGGUGGAUUUCCUAAUGGAAACAUUCAUCAUGUUUAAGAACCUCAUUGGGAAGAACGUCUACCCUUUCGACUGGGUGAUAAUGAACAUGAUGCAGAACAAAGUCUUCCUGCGAGCAAUUAAUCAGUAUGCAGAUAUGCUGAACAAAAAAUUUCUGGAUCAAGCCAACUUUGAGCUACAGUUGUGGAACAACUACUUUCACCUGGCGGUUGCUUUCCUCACUCAAGAGUCCUUGCAACUGGAGAACUUCUCAAGUGCCAAGAGGGCCAAGAUCCUUAACAAGUAUGGAGAUAUGAGGAGACAGAUUGGCUUUGAAAUCAGAGACAUGUGGUACAACCUUGGUCAACACAAGAUAAAGUUCAUUCCAGAAAUGGUGGGCCCAAUAUUAGAAAUGACACUAAUUCCUGAGACAGAACUGCGCAAAGCCACCAUCCCCAUCUUCUUUGACAUGAUGCAGUGUGAAUUUCAUUCAACCCGAAGCUUCCAAAUGUUUGAAAAUGAAAUCAUCACCAAGCUGGAUCAUGAAGUGGAAGGAGGCAGAGGAGACGAACAGUACAAAGUGUUAUUUGAUAAAAUCCUCUUGGAGCACUGCAGGAAGCAUAAAUACCUCGCCAAAACGGGAGAGACUUUUGUGAAACUCGUCGUGCGCCUCAUGGAAAGACUUUUGGAUUAUAGAACCAUCAUGCACGACGAGAACAAAGAAAACCGCAUGAGCUGUACAGUCAAUGUGCUGAAUUUCUACAAAGAAAUUGAAAGAGAAGAAAUGUAUAUAAGGUAUCUGUACAAACUCUGUGACCUGCACAAAGAGUGUGAUAACUACACUGAAGCAGCUUACACCUUGCUCCUCCAUGCAAAGCUUCUUAAGUGGUCAGAGGAUGUGUGUGCGGCCCAUCUCACACAACGGGACGGGUACCAGGCGACCACGCAGGGACAGCUGAAAGAGCAGCUCUACCAGGAAAUCAUCCACUACUUCGACAAAGGCAAGAUGUGGGAGGAGGCCAUUGCCUUGGGCAAGGAGCUAGCCGAACAGUACGAAAACGAAAUGUUUGAUUACGAGCAACUCAGCGAAUUGCUGAAAAAACAGGCUCAGUUUUAUGAAAACAUCGUCAAAGUGGUAAGACCCAAGCCUGACUAUUUUGCUGUUGGCUACUACGGACAAGGACUCCCCACAUUCCUGCGGGGAAAAGUUUUCAUUUACCGAGGGAAAGAGUAUGAACGUCGGGAAGAUUUUGAAGCUCGGCUAUUAACUCAGUUUCCAAACGCUGAGAAAAUGAAGACAACAUCUCCACCAGGCGACGAUAUUAAAAACUCUCCCGGCCAGUAUAUUCAGUGCUUCACAGUGAAGCCCAAACUCGAUUUGCCCCCUAAGUUCCACAGGCCGGUGUCAGAGCAGAUUGUAAGUUUUUACAGGGUGAACGAGGUCCAGCGAUUUGAGUAUUCUCGACCAAUCCGGAAGGGAGAGAAAAACCCAGACAAUGAAUUUGCGAACAUGUGGAUCGAGAGAACCAUAUACACAACUGCGUAUAAAUUACCUGGAAUUUUAAGGUGGUUUGAGGUCAAAUCUGUUUUCAUGGUGGAGAUCAGCCCCCUGGAGAACGCCAUUGAGACCAUGCAGCUGACGAAUGACAAGAUCGACAGCAUGGUGCAGCAGCACCUGGACGACCCCAGCCUCCCCGUCAACCCCCUCUCCAUGCUGCUCAACGGCAUCGUGGACCCAGCCGUCAUGGGGGGCUUCGCAAACUACGAAAAGGCCUUCUUCACGGACCGGUACCUGCAGGAACACCCCGAGGCCCACGAAAAGAUCGAGAAGCUCAAGGACCUGAUUGCUUGGCAGAUUCCAUUUUUGGCAGAAGGGAUCAGGAUUCAUGGAGAAAAGGUCACGGAAGCCCUGAGGCCGUUCCACGAGAGGAUGGAAGCCUGCUUCAAACAGCUGAAGGAAAAAGUGGAAAAGCAAUAUGGCAUCCGAACCGUGCCCUCGAGUCUGGACGACAGGAGAGGCAGCCGCCCCCGGUCCAUGGUGCGGUCCUUCACGAUGCCUUCCUCCUCCCGGCCUCUGUCCUUGGCAUCUGUCUCUUCCCUCUCGUCCGACAGCACCCCCUCCAGGCCAGGCUCCGAUGGGUUUGCCCUGGAGCCUCUCCUGCCAAAGAAAAUGCACUCCAGGUCCCAGGACAAGCUGGACAAGGAUGACCUAGAUAAGGAGAAGAAGGACAAGAAGAAGGAAAAAAGGAACAGCAAACAUCAAGAGAUAUUUGAUAAGGAAUUUAAACCCACCGACGUUUCCCUGCAGCAGUCUGAGGCUGUGAUCCUUUCUGAGACGAUUAGUCCCCUGCGGCCCCAGAGACCGAAGAGCCAGGUGAUCAACGUCAUUGGAAGUGAGAGGCGCUUCUCAGUGUCGCCGUCCUCCCAGCAGACACCCCCUCCGGUCACACCACGGGCCAAGCUCAACUUCAGCCUGCAGUCCAGCUUGGAGCUGAACGGCAUGACCGGAGUAGACGUGGCUGAUGUCCCACCCCCUCUGCCCCUCAAGGGCAGCACGGCAGACUACGGAAACCUGAUGGAAAGCCAGGACCUGAUGGGCUCACCCACGCCCCCACCGCCACCUCCACACCAGAGGCAUCUGCCACCUCCACUGCCCAGCAAAACUCCACCUCCUCCCCCUCCAAAGACCACCCGCAAGCAGACGUCGGUGGACUCCGGGAUUGUGCAGUGAAACAACAAGACUCUGCAAAGAGCGAGCUGCUAUCGCUCCUGCCCCUCCGUCUCCUCUGUGUCCAGCGCUUACCUCAUUGGGCCUGUGAUGUCUAACCUUUAGUGCAAUUGCUCUCCCGUCAAAGGAGGCCACUUCUAGCCAUGGAGUGAGCGGCCUUUAGCAUCAUGGAGCAAGAUGGGCUAUGGGUCCAGGGUGUGCUCUUGCGUUUAUCAAAGCUGGGGCCUCUGAGUGUGUCAGUCGUGGAGAGAGCCUAAGUCUUGCCCAAACACCCUUUCUUUUUGUGCCAAAUGACUUGUGUUAGCAAAGAGCUCGACUGAUCUGAGUGUAGCCAAGUAGGAGAGGUUGGAACAUCACCCUUGAGAAGCUCUGGAGUGACGAUGUGUAAGAAAACUCAUAUUGUCUCCUAGGCCAAAACCCCAGCUCACUCUCGCGGGAUAUUGUGUCCCUUCCUGCAGCCGGUGGUGACUCCGUGUCGAUUGAGUGUAUCUUCAUCCUGCAUCAAACAAUUAAGUUCAGCCCUUUCAGGGAAGUUCCUGAUUUCCCCGGGUAUAAUUUAAAGUAGGACAAUUCUCAGCUACUGAACAGUUACUAAUUUAUGGAAUGGAAACACCAUUAAGAAUACUGAAUCAAACGGAAAAAUAAAUGAGUAUAGGAAAAUAAAUUUUCAUUCUUUUUUGAAAAAGGAUAUGUAUACCACAAGAGAUGGUUUUAGUUGGGUGAAUUCUUUUUGUCCUCAUUCUGUACAGAAAUUUGUAUAUAUGACGGUUCUUAGAACUUGUUUUAAUUUUCGUGGUCUUUCUGUUUAUUACAAUAGGCAUCUGCAAAUGAUUCUCAAUAUGUGUUCUUAAUUUUUAACUGCUGGAAAUGUAAAACACACAUACACAAAUUAAUAUUUUUUUCAGAGCUACAAAGUCCUGAAAAUGUUGGUGGACAAUGAUUUUUUUUUAAAAAACUAACUUUGUAUAACCUAAUAUUUUAAUUCUAUCAUCUAUAUUUUUUUAUUCGCUAUAAUCAUACUCUUUUAGUAGGCUCAAAAGUUAAUCGUUGACAAUGAGAAAUAAAAUGUUAUUUAAAAAGACA